ACUUUGCGAGGAGAUCAACCAGGAUGAAUCAUUUAAUUUGGAAUAUCGUGGACCAGUCGUGAUGAAAGGUAAACCGACACCGAUGAAUUGUUGGUUUCUUACGCGCAAUACCACAACAGCCGGUGGCAGUACUGGAGGUGGCAGUACCAGUGGCGCUGCCGAUUCACCUUUGCCACCGCCAACACCAACAAUAGCACCCCAAGCAUCGGGCAUGCCGUUCUCGGAACAGCAGCCAUCCCAAACCCAAACCCAACAACACCAUCAGCAUCAACCUCCCACACCAGCUGUGCGCCAACAUGCAACAGCUAACCGUAAAGCUUCCAAUACCAGUACCACACCAGAGCCAUCUUCCGCAUCGUCACCCUCGGCAACGGCUUCAGCAUCAGCUUCGGUCUUGGAUGGUGCCGAGCAUGCAAAUGCACAAACAACACCACAAACAACGGAAACAUAGAAAAUGUGCAAAGAUUCGUCCUGUUGCUGCUGAAACUUACUCUAAAGGAUGCGUCCGUAUAUCGGGUAACGGAAAUGCUGCUUGCUUUGUGUUUGUGUUAUUGUUUUUUUCUCCAACCUGCUAAUGUUGCGGCUCCUUAACUAAAAGCAUUCCAAAAGCACUUUACCACAAGGGAACUUCCUCACACAUGCCAGGUAUAAACAUACACAGCUAUAUAUAAAAUCAACAAAAGUAAAUUAAAGAGAUUUAGUUUAUAAUAAGAACGAAAGUAAUAAAAAGUACUUAAUAAUUUUUGCAAAAGUAGCAAAAACAACACAACUGCCUUUUUGCAACCACAAACCACAGAAUAACGGCACAGGCAACAAACAGCACGAAGACCGCCCCUCCCCCACAAACAUAACUUUGUAAGUUAAACAAAACUAAAUGACUAGUAAGGAUAUGUGUACCCACAUACAGGCAUAAAACACACUCAUAUAUGUGUGACUCCAGCAAGGAAGAAGGAAAUGGGCAUUUGCCCCAAACACUCAUAAACCUGUAAUCAUCACUAACUUUGUUUGGCUCUUUUUAUUCUCAUUUACAUUUCAUUUAUUGUGGUUAGACUUCGAGUCCUUCGCCUUCUUUGUUUGCAUGUUUGUAUGUAAAUGUGAGUGUCGACAUCCCAUCUAAUUUUAUGUUUUACUACGAAAGAGUAUUUUGAAUUUUAUGUAUGUUUGUGUGAGCAAAGGUUUCCAAAGGACACAAUCAUCCAUAAAAAUUUAUAUAUUUAAUAAAAGAAAUGUAAAUAGCAAAUCCAACAAAAAAGAAAAACUAAAAAACCUAUCAAAAUAAUCCAAAUUAAUGCAAGGAGAAAAAAAUAGAACUCAGAAAAAUAUAACGUAAAUACUAAGAGGUUUAUAACACAAGCAAUAAAGGAUAGCAAAUAUCCAAAUUGUUUUUAGUUUCCUCAUCUUCGUUUGAAUUUUAUGCAAUACCUUAUUAUUCUGUACGGCCUUCUAUUGUAUUGUUUUGUUUCGAAUUCCGAGAACAUUUUUCACUUAAAAUUUAUUGGAAAAUAUUGAAAGCUUUUUUCAGGGUCCU